AUGGCUCAUCGUUCGCCUCCUGCGUGGAGGGCCAGCUUCGACGAUGUCGACCUGGGUCCGCAGGUUGCCGGCACCAAUCCGAACUCGGAUAACCGACUGCUCCAGCCCAGACCCUCUCUACUGCAGCCCAGACCGUCCCUACUUAUGCGCAGACACACGCUGCCGAUCUCUUCCGUGCCCCCAACCCCAACGGGAUCACGAUCCCCCACUCCGGAUGGGCAGCAGGACGGCGAAGACAAAGACGGUUCGGACGGGGACGACAUCGAUUCCAGCCUUGACCUGAGUUCGGCACUAUCUGCGUCAGACUCGGAUGAUGAGGAGAGUGAAGAUGACUGGCGCGUGGGGGACAAGAGCAAUACAGUCACAGCAAAACUCGACAUGCUGGUUGGCCUCAGCACAGUAAAGGACUACUUCAGGGAGCUUGGGCUAUACAUCGACCACAAUAGGAUCCUCGAUGUAAAUUUAGCACACGAGAGAUUCCACGCCAUGUUCCAAGGGAAUCCGGGAACGGGAAAGACAACCGUUGCGAGGCUCUACGCCGAGUUCUUGUAUGCGAAGCGUGUGUUGAAGACGAGCCAUGUGGUUGAAACAUCGGGAGGCAAGCUGGCGUCGCGCGGCCCCAACGCCGCAAUCCAGAUCUUUACCCCAAAGAAGGGAGGUGUACUGUUCGUGGACGAGGCCUAUCAGCUCGUCGCACCUCACUCGGGUAGCUCUGGAAAGCAAGUGCUGGAUAUCAUUCUCGCCGAGAUGGAGAAACAUGCUGGAAAAUGGGUCGUCAUCUUUGCCGGCUACAAGAACGACUUUGAUCCCUUUUUCGCGUACAACGAAGGUCUCGGCAGCCGAAUCCCAUUAGUACUGGACUUUGCGGAUUUCACCGACGACCAGCUGUACGACAUCAUGCUGUCCCUGUUCCGAAAGCGGUUCCCAAACGUCGUGGAGAUUGAAGGUCAAUCCCAGGGAGGGGUGUACUUGCGCGCGGCCAUCCGCCGAAUCUCCCAGGGUCGCGACAGGCGCGGGUUUGGCAAUGCCCGGACCGUCCAGAACUAUUUCCAGAGAAUCUGCCAGCGCCAAGCCAACCGAAUCGGGCAGCUUGAGCAUCCGUCAAGGAAAGCACGGCUUCAUUUCACCAAAGAGGAUAUCCUUGGGCCUAGGCCGGUUCAUGUCAAGGCCAACAGCAAGGCGUGGGCUAAGCUGAAGUCGCUGAUCGGCUUGAGCGCGGUCAAGCGAUCGGUGCGUAUCAUGUUCCAGAUCAUCGAGACCAACUAUCAGCGGGAGCUCAACGGCGAUCGGCCCCAUGCCCACUCCUUGAAUCGUGUGUUUGUCGGCUCGCCUGGAACAGGAAAAACUACAGUUGCCAAACUGUACGGCAAGAUAUUGGCGGACCUCGGCUUUUUGAGCAAGGGAGAUGUGGUCGUCAAGACCCCCGCCGACUUUAUCGGCGACGCUGUGGGUAGGUCAGAGUCCAACACCAAAGCCAUUCUCGCCUCGACGAUCGGAAAGGUCUUGAUCAUCGACGAGGCUUACAUGCUCGAUCCCGGCGAUCCCACCAGCACGCGCGACUCGUACAAGACGGCCGUGCUCGACAGCAUUGUUGCCGAGGUCCAAGGCAACCCAGGCGACGACCGCUGCGUCAUCCUGCUUGGCUACGAGGAGAAGAUGGAGUCUCUGUUCCAUAACGGAAACCCCGGGCUGUCUGGCCGGUUCAUGGCUGACAUGCCGUUCCGCUUCGCCGACUAUAGCAACGACGAGUUUCGCCAGAUCCUGGAACGGGACCUCAAGGAUCGGCAUAUCAAAUGCCAGCCAGACGCACUGAACUCUGCUAUCGACAUGCUUUCGAGGUACAGAAACGCCCACAACUUCAGCAAUGCACGGGCGGUCAAGACGCUUGUGUCGGAGGCGGUGCUGCGCAACCAGGAGCGGCAGAUGAAAAGCAACCCCGUCAACCAGGUGUUUGACGGGCGUCUUGAGCCUCAGGACUUUGACCCGUGGCUCGGUGAGUGGGCGGCGUCGUCGGGAACACCCAUCAACUGCAGGGCAGCCCUCUCCGGCCGGGUCUCGGACGCAGUCAUUGACCAGCUGGAGGCAUUCCUCCCCGGCUCGCAAGUGCCUGGCCAAGUGAACCGCGACAAGCUCCGCCAAAACAUCCCCCGCACCUUUGUCUUCACAGGCCCGCCUGGAACUGGGAAAAAUACGCUGGCCAUGUACAUGGGUCGGCUAUUCCGCGAUCUCGGUCUCCUUCCCACCGACCAAGUCGUCAAAUGUUCGGCUGUGGCUUUCAUCGGGCAGCACGUCGGUCACACUACCCCAACGACUCGCACCCAACUGGAUCGAGGCGUCGGGAAGGUCCUUGUCAUCCAAGACCUCCAUCGGCUCUCCAAGGGCGGGUUUUCAGGAGAGGCCCUCGACGAACUCACCUCUUUCCUCCGCACCUACUCCGGGAGAAUGGCCGUCAUCCUCACUGGGCCCAAGGAACCCCUCGACGAUCUGUUGCGGGAACGGCCGGAGCUCUCCACAUCCUUCCAGGACCGCAUCACUUUCAACAACCUCUCGCCGCGCGAGUGUCUGAUGCUGCUACAUCAGAAGAUCCAGACCAUCGAGCCUGGCGGAGAAACCCCCUUUUCCGCCUCGGACGCCGCCAAGGCGAGAUUCCAAAAGGCCAUGGCGAUCCUCACCUUGUUUGAGCGCUGGGGCAACUCGCGCGACGUGGACUACCUGGCGGUGCGCAUGGUCCGCAAAGCCGACGACGAGCUCAUGCAGCGGAACGCUCGAGAGCCUGGGCGCAAGCACGAGUGGGUUCUCACCGAGAACAUGGCUAUGGCGUGCUUCAAGGCCAUGUUCCACGACACGCGCGCGGCUGGUGGGGCGCUCGUGAAGACUGCGGUCGAGGAUACAAGUGGUGGUAGUGGCGGAGGCGCCGCGUCGCAUUCAGCGGCGGAGACGACAGAGCCAGACGCGGAGGCUACAGAAGCGGUGACGGAGACUACAGCCGUUGCGGAGCGGAAAGAGUACGCGUUGGCUCUGGCGACAGAUCGUGAGGCCGUGCAGUCUCAGGAGGAGCAGUCGGCUCCUCAGGAAACGUCGCCAGCUCAGGAGGCCGCACCCCAGGAAAGCAUCCAUGCUGAGGUGCAAGAACUAGAGGAGGUUUAA